CAAACAAGAUGCCCAAACCCUUCAAGAUGACCUACAUGCUUUAGAAAUAUGGGGAAAAUAUAAACGAUGUCUUUUAUGAACAGUUUCCUGACAACGCUCCUGCUAGUCAUAAUCAGAAUUGAUUGUUUUAAAAGCAGUAACAUGUAGAUGCAGAUAAAGACUGAAUGUUUAAAGUGAAAAAUAAUCAUUUUUCAUUGACCUGCCUAUAGUGUAAUGUUAACAUUUAGAGCGUCUUUAUGCUAUAUUUGAAUAUUAACGCAAAUGACGUCUUGUUAAAAUAUAUGCAUGCACGUCCAUGCAAUGGCGUUGCAAAAGCAGCACGGGACUUCAGACUGUGUAAUUAGAGUGAGACAUAUGUGGCAAAAUGUCUUUUUACAUAUCACCCCCAGGCGGCAAUAUCUCUUUGCAGAAAUUGUCACAAUUUGCUGUGACAAGGUUCAACUUUCUAGUCAAGAUUUAUGAUACAGGAGGUGAUAGGGUGCAAAUAUUUGAUAUUUUAAAUGAUGAGGAACAAGUGAAUGAAUCAGAAUGUCUGAUAGAGGGGACAGUGAAGGACAGACUGUCACACUUCAUACUCAGACUAGCCUGUUGCUAUGACAGAGAUAUGGCUGAAUUUUUGGUGAAAGCAGAAACAUUAUUAUUUGACUUCCGGUUCAAUUGUAUGACCGAAGAUGAGCUUUGUAACCUAUUUAAAUCAGUAGACUAUCCAAGACAUGGUAGCAGAGCCUGUGAUUUACCGUCAUAUGUAACACAGUUUUUGAAAACAAUGUCUUUGAUUAAAGGAGAUAAUAAAAAAUGGAGGACUGUAGUCAAAAAGUACUUGAAGGGGGAUAUGGAUUGUUUUAUGCUACCAUUUUUGACUGUGUUACAAUUUGUUGCAACAAGACAGGUUGUGUUGAAGCAUGGAAUUGCUCAUGUACCAGUCUGUAAACUAAGGGAAACUGUAACCAGUCUAUUUGAAGAGCUCAUACAGAAAGGUGUGAAACAUGCAGCUAAAGUUUUUAAAACAGAAGAUAAAAGGAUAAAAAUUCUUCUUAAAACAAUAAAGGUUAUGUUUUACAAACAUUACAAGGAUAAAUAUCCAGGAAACCAGCACCAUUAUGAUCUGUGUCACACAGAAGUAGACAAUGUCUCUGAGAUGUUCCCUCCAUGUAUGUCACAUCUUCAUAGGUCUCUGAGAAUGUCACACAGGCUGAAACAUCAUUCCAGGAUCCAAUACUCACUGUUUCUUAAGGAGAUUGGGUUACCUAUUCAUGAAGCUUUAAUGUUUUGGAGGAAGGAAUACAUGCAGUCUCCUAACAAACAAGAUGGCUGCCAACAUUUAUGGUCAAAAGAUGAAGGUAGAUAUACAUACAACAUCAGACACCUGUAUGGUUUAGAAGGUUCAAGAAUCAAUUACAGGGGGCACUCUUGUGCUGCUUUACAAGAGAAUUACCAUGGUCCCCAUGAGAAUAGUGGAUGCCCAUUCAGCCAUUUUGAUUCUUCUCAUAUGUUGGACUUAUUAUACAUGAAUGGAAUAUCAUCUGCUUCAUCUACAGAAAAAAUACUGAAGCUUUCUGAAGAGAAACAAUAUUCACAAGCUUGCACUCUAUACUUUAUGCUAAAAAUACAGAAGAAAGAAUAUGAGACUGGAUUGCUGAAGAAGAUUAAUCACAAAUACUGUGACAAAUGUGAAAGUCCUGAGUCUAAGGCUGAACUUGUCACAGUCCUGGGGAAUUCACACCAGGACAAUGUUAUUAACAACAAUGACAUAGUUGGAACAUGUACUCCUUGUGACACUGAAUGCAACCAUCCAGACACUUCAAGCUGUAUUUCCCAUGAUAGAAUUCAGUUCAAUCAGAAAAAGUGUUUAUGUGACAGUAGUAGACAAACUAGUGAAGAUGAUGUGAUCCCAACAACAAAAUCAUAUAAUCAUGGUUUUGUAAUCAAGCACAAAAGCAUUCACAAAAGAAAUGGUAAAACUUGUUCCUGUCAAAGUGUUGUAUCGGACAAAUUAGUGAAAGAUACAGCUUCAGACAGUGAUCUUUCAAACUGUGAUUGCUUUGAUGUUGAGAACAUAGCAAAUACUAAGUUAAGUGAAACAAAGUUUGAUGGUAAGAAAGAAAUGAUGGAUUGUCAUGAACAUAGUGGAGACAAUAUGAAAGUAGUGUUGAAACCUGCUGAAUAUUAUAGCAAGUUUAAAUUAAUCUUAAAUGAAUUAAAACUAUGAAGAAUAAAGUAUUUAUUUGUUAAGCUGA